AUGAAAAAUGAGCUUGUAAAAAGCUGGGGUCAUAAAGGAGCCUCAUCAACUAAAUUGGGUCCAAAAGGGGCAAUUUGGAGAGCAGCAGCCAUGGCAGCAACUGGUUCUGCAUCAUAUGUAAGUGGGGAGGCCAGAAACAGGACUUUGCUUAAAGAGGCUAAAGAGACUUUACAAAUGGGGAAAUUGCUGGGAGUUAACUACAAAGGUAAUGAAGAGGUUGUGUUGUCCAGAAUUAUGGAUCUUGAGGAAACAAAGAAGGCUUCUUUAUCAGAUAAGGAGAUUAAGGAUCUCUGGGCUAGAGAUAGGUUGGAAUUCAUGACGGUGGAUGCUGAAGGAUCUGCAGGUGGCCUAUUAUGUAUAUGGGAUCCAGGUAUGUUUCAGUGUAUAGGAGGGGACUUCAAUGAAAUUACAAAUAUUGGAGAGAGGAAAGGUUGUUCUAGGAGGGAGAGGGAAAUGAAGGAAUUGAAUGAUUUCAUUGAUAAAAGUGAGGUAAAUGACUUGCCCCUAUUGGGUAGAAGGUAUACAUGGUGUAAUGCCAGGGAAGGGGAGAAGUGGAGCAGAAUUGAUAGGGUUUUAGUGGAUCCAAAAUGGCUGGAAUCUUUCAACCUGAAGUUGUGGGGGUUACCUAGAGUUUUGUCUGAUCAUAGCCCUUUACUUUUAAUGGAAGAUGAGAGAGAUUGGGGCCCUAGACCCUUUAGGUUUAUAAAUGCUUGGACUUUACAUUCUAACUUCCUACCUUUUGUGGAAAAGUGGUGGACGGAGCAGCAGGUGGAGGGAUGGGCUGGUUUUAGAUUGUUUCAGAAGCUGAAAGGGUUGAAAAUAACACUCAAACAGUGGAACUGUGAAGUUUUCGGUAAUGUGAAUACUAAGUUGAAGCAAGUACAGGAUGAACUUCAUAUGUUUGAUCUGGUUGCAGAAGAAAGGGAGCUUGAAGAGGUAGAAAAAGCUAGAAGAAGGGAGGCUAGAGCUGAAGCUUGCAGGCUGACUAGAAUGGUGGACUGGUUGUGGCUUCAAAAGUCAAGACUCAAUUGGAAUUUGAAUGGGGAUAAAAGCACUCGGUAUUUUCAUGUGACUGUUAAGUGUAGACAGGGGAGAAAUGAAAUUAACUCUCUAACCAUUGGGGAUGUGGUCAUAGAUGAUCCAUGCAAAGUUAAGCAAGGGGUCCACGCUCAUUUUCAAAAGCAAUUUACUGAGGUUUGGAAGUGUAGACCUUUAUUAGAGGGACCCUUCCAGUCAGUGAGGGAAAGUCCCUAUUUUGAUAAGUUGGAAUCAGAAUUCUCUGAGGAAGAGAUAUGGAGUGCUGUUAAGGGUUGUGAUGGUAAUAGGGCUCCAGGCCCAGAUGGGUUUAACUUGACAUGCUUUUAG